UUAUUAUUUUAUACUAAAAAAAAGAAAAAUAAAAAAGGGGGAACGAGAAACCCUAAAUUCCACAAUCCCCAAUUCCGAAUCACCCAAAUUCCCCAAACCCUAGCGAUCUCCCAUGGCGAACGCCUCCUCCUCGCCUUCCCAAAUCCUCUGCGCCUCCUUCAACCAGGACAACAGCUUCUUUUCCGUUGGAACAAAGGAAGGGUUUAAGAUAUUUGAAGCGCGGACCGGGAGGUUAUGCUAUGAGAAGUCUCUUGGAGCGUAUAGUAUUGUGGAAAUGCUAUUUAGUUCGAGUCUGCUUGCGAUAGUCGGAGCAGGUGAACAGCCAUCGCUGUCCCCUCGCCGACUUUCUCUGUUUAAUAAAGUCACCGGAGCUGCAAGUAAAGAACUGAGCUUUUUGACGUCUAUCAUGGCUGUCCGAAUUAAUAGAAAAAGGCUUAUUGUCGUAUUGCAGGAUAAGACAUACAUCUACGACUUGAAUAGUACAGCUAUCUUGGAUGUAAUAGAUACUGUACCAAACACAAAAGGACUCUGUGCUUUUGCUCCUAAUUCUGAAGGCUGCUACUUGGCUCUCCCAGCAAGUACAACCAGAGGAUCUGUUUUAGUAUACAAUGCAUUGGAGCUUCAGUCACUUUGUCAGAUAGAUGCCCAUCGCUCUCCGUUAGCUGCAAUUAGCUUUUCUUCCACCGGCACAUACCUCGCAACAGCUUCCGAAAAGGGAACUAUAGUCAGAGUUCAUCUCGUUUCGCAAGCAACUAAGUCAUAUAGUUUUCGAAGAGGUACAUACCCGUCAACAAUCUAUUCCUUAGCAUUUGCACCAUCUCUGGAUCUUCCGGAUGUUCUUCUUGCUACCAGCUCCUCAGGCUCUUUGCAUAUCUUUCUUCUGGAACCUGUGAUAAAUGGAAGAAGAAGGCAUAAUAAGCUGCUUGGAUCAGUGAUUCCUGACUCAGUAAACGAUGCCUUUGACCCUGCUAAUCAUCACGUUCUUCACAGUGUUGUCCCUGCAGGGGUCAAGAGCUAUGUUACAGUCUCGAGUGUCGAGAACACUCUAAGUGCUUCCACACUUUCUGCUUUCCGGGCGAACAUUUACAUCAUUACUCAGAACGGAUACUUCCGCGAGUAUACGUUACAAAUCACCAAGUCGAACGAGUCCUUGUGGAGCCUGGAGCAUGAAUUCAAUCUUCUUGACACAAUCCCUUCAUAGUUCUUACCACAAUACCCUGUCGGCAUGCUACAAUCUUGAAUCUUUAGUGGUAGCGAUCUCUUGCCGAUCCAUGUUGUUUGCGUUGCGGAUUUAAUCCAACCACCUCGUUCGGCAAUUGAGAAUGGCACAUUGAAGAACAGCAAACCGUUGCUUGCGUUAGCUUGUGAGGUCCGCAAGAGUUCAGAAGCAAAGAGUGGAUGGAUGCUAUCGGAAAAAGAUUGAAGCAUCUGAAUAAUUUGAAGCAGCAAAAGAGUAUUUAUUGGCCAGGAUCCGAGGCUGCAUUUGUACAUACAUACUUGUAAAUAUGUUGUAAGGUGCGGAUUUCUCCCCGUCGCGUCUUUGGAUUGAAGAGCAUUCGGAUACGAAUUUUACGAUUUGAUCGAUGUUUUAAUAGGGAGGUUUUUUUUUUUUUUUUUUUUUUUUUUUUUUUUUUUUUUUUCCUCUUUGCAAUGCUGGUUGUGUCUUGCAUCUAUUAUUUUCAGUCGCAGAAAGUGUUUGUAUCAACUGGAUUUGAUGAUGCAAUAAGAAUGAGUUUUAUUCGGUUA